UAACUAGCAACUAGCAACUAGCAAGUGCUCUUCUCAAAAAAGCAAAAACAUAAAGAAAUGGCUGUCACUUUCUCUCUCCUGCCCGCCCUGCCCGGCUGCCAACUUCCACACUUGCAGCCUGCCCGGCCGGCCCGUUGUUGAAAAACUCUCUCUUUCACAUGCAGUCUUCCACUGCCUCUCUCUUCCACCACCUACAGCCCCUUUGGACUGAUUUUCAUAACUGGGUUUGUGUUUGUGUUUGUUUUUUUUUUAACUGAAUUAUCUAUGUACUUGUGUUGAUCCUUUUGUUGUGAUUCAAAACAGCGAUGUUGUUGUUCUUUUAGUUUUGUUGAUCAUGAUCAUGAUGAUGGGAUUCUAGAGUCUUCAAUUAUUGGAAGUGAGGUUGCUUCAAGUGUUUUUUUUUAUUGUAUUUUUUUUCUUCUUUUUUUUUAUCCUAAAGUCUGAAACUUGUGGGAAUUUUGAACAUGAAAAGUUCUUUGUAAGAGUUUUGUGGAAGAUGGGGUUUAGGAAUAAUGCAAUUCAGGCUGGGAGUUUGGAUGUGGGAAAGUCAAAGGGAAGGAUGCAAAAGGAUGGUGCUGAGAAGGAAAUUGGGUGCUGUGUUAAAUUCUGUUUCAUUGGGGGCUGUAUACCUUCAAGAUCAAAGGUGGAUAACUCCAUAAGUGGCACUAGUGCUAACAGUGUGGAAAAAACAUCUGCAUCUGAGAAAAGCAAGAAGGAAACAAAUGCUCCUCCAGGGUCCUCUACAACAACCAGUAAUGCAGAAAGUGUCCCUUCGACUCCAAAAUUCAGUGAGGAGUUGAAGGUUUCUUCUCGUUUGAGAAAAUUUACAUUCAAUGAGCUUAAGUUGGCCACUAGGAAUUUCAGACCGGAGAGUCUUCUUGGCGAGGGAGGGUUUGGUUGUGUGUUCAAGGGUUGGAUUGAGGAAAAUGGAACUGCACCUGUGAAACCUGGCACUGGGCUUACUGUUGCAGUCAAGACCCUUAACCAUGAUGGACUGCAGGGUCACAAAGAGUGGCUUGCAGAGUUAGACAUUCUCGGUGACCUUGUCCAUCCAAAUCUGGUCAAAUUGGUUGGUUUCUGUAUUGAAGAUGACCAAAGAUUAUUGGUUUAUGAAUGUAUGCCCCGUGGAAGUUUGGAGAACCACCUCUUCAGAAAAGGGUCGUUGCCUCUUCCUUGGUCUAUCAGAAUGAAAAUUGCACUUGGUGCUGCAAAAGGUCUUGCUUUUCUCCAUGAAGAAGCUCAAAGACCUGUAAUCUAUCGUGAUUUUAAGACGUCUAAUAUUCUAUUAGAUGCGGAAUACAAUGCCAAGCUCUCUGAUUUUGGACUCGCCAAAGAUGGUCCUGAAGGGGAAAAGACACACAUAUCUACCAGAGUCAUGGGAACAUAUGGUUAUGCUGCUCCUGAGUAUGUCAUGACUGGACAUUUGACAUCAAAAAGUGAUGUCUAUAGUUUUGGAGUAGUGCUACUUGAAAUGCUCACUGGCCGGCGAUCUAUCGAUAAGAAUAGACCAAACGGGGAACACAAUCUUGUGGAGUGGGCAAGGCCUGUACUUGGGGACCGGAGGAUGUUAUUACGGAUAAUUGAUCCUCGCCUUGAAGGUCACUUCUCUGUUAAAGGGUCACAGAAGGCUGCGCAGCUUGCUGCUCAAUGCCUUAACCGUGAUCCAAAAUCCAGACCUAUGAUGAGUGAAGUUGUUCAAGCUCUGAAGCCUUUGCAAAACCUUAAAGAUAUGGCUAUCUCAUCUUACCACUUCCAGGUUGCGCGAGUAGAUCGUACUAUGUCCAUGCCUAAAAAUGGUAUGCAAGCACAGUUAGCAUCUUUAUCAAGGAAGGGUCAACCAGUGAGGAUCUUGUCAAGUCCAAAAGGUCCUCAUGGUUCUCCAUAUCAUCACUAUAUCAAGUCACCGAAACCUAAUGGAUAAGAAUCAUGUUUCUCUCUUUGAUUUGCUUCUCUAUUCAUUCAGUUCCCUCACAACUUAGGCUAUCAACAGAACAGAAACUGUUUGUGUUUUGAAAAUUGCUCUGAAACAUGAGGAAUUACUAGAGUUUUCUGACCUUAUCUCAUCUCAAAUAAGGUUGGGGGGACCAUGAGACAGUUCACUGGAUUUUAAAGUUUAGCGGGGACCAAGUUGACCAAACUUGAAUAGAAAACUAGAACACAGUUUUCACAUGUGGAAUUUGUUACUGUGGAGUUGCUAUACUUUUUCUACCAUUUCACAAGCUUUCUUCUUCCUUUCAGAAUGUACUUUUGUAAAGAAAAUAGUUGGUGGUGUUAACUCAUGUUAUUCAUAGAUAUUUUUACAUACUCAUCUGUCAAUGUACUUUUCAGUUAAUACCUGUCAAUGUAAUUAAAUGUUGUACGAGAAACAUGCUAGAGUUUGGAAUUUGAGAGACUUCAAAAGUUCUGGAUAUUUUUACUAA